AAAAACGUGAAUGGUAGUCAAUAAAAUCAUCAUAGGUAUACAAGCUCGCCACUGAAAACCGAGCGAGACGCAAAACAGGAAACCCAAACACGACUUUUGACGACGCCUGCAGUAAAAACCAGUGCCGCGCUUAUAUUCAGCAGGAAUCUAAUAGAAGCAAGAGCGUAUGAAGCUAGGAGCGUUUGCGAAACAUUGAAUAUUAUUCGCUGUCAGAGUGACUUUUUGCAAGAUGAAAGUGUUAGUUUUGUUAGCGUGUUUAUUAGGCUGUAUUUCGAUCGGUGCAGCAUUGCCAGCCGCAAAGCUCAAUGAUGACGUGGAAAUACUCCCUCCUAAACCCAAUAUCUAUGGAGAUCAACCAAUUAUCGACACCGGUGUCAUCGGAGAAGGCUCAUUCUAUUCCAAUCCAUUCGGAGGGUUUUUGGAUGGUAUAGAAGGUAUGAUGGCAAGACUUAGACAACAAAUGGAAGCCAUUUUUAGACGCUUUCCCGGAAUUCGUGCUGGUAAUUCUUCGGACGAAGCUUUCGAUUUCCCAUCCUUUGAAGAAGGCCUGCCUGUAUUGCCUAAUUUCCCAUCGCUGAAUCCAAUUGAUUUAGGAAAAGGAAACACCACUUCAAUUACCAAGGUCAUAGAUGGACACAAAGUCAUCAUCAACGAAACGGAAUAUAAGAAAGAAGAUGAAUUUGGAGGAUCUUUCUUCAAAGUACGUAUCAUCGACGUCCAACCGGAUGAGGAAGGUUUGACAACCGACAAAAAUGCUGAAGGAAUCCCAACUGGAUCAGAUGCCCCCCAAGAUACGGAAUCCGUGGAGAGUAGUAUAGAAAAUGAAAUUCCCAAGGAUAAAGAGGACCCUUCCCCUGUUCCUGAGAAACUCAGAACGGCCUAGAGAUCACUGGCGUAUGGGGUUGUGGAAAAAGGUCUUCAUCAUUAUUGGGAAUUACAUAUUCUUUAUUGUGUUAAAUUUUAGAGUGAAUGUUAUAUUAUUAUUCUUAUAAAAAUAAAUAGUUUACAUAUAUGCA